AUGACCUGCGACGCCGGCCAAACGGAAUGGGGCUACUCGGGGCCAGCAGGCCCGGAAUACUGGGGCAAUCUGUCCGACGAGUACAAGCUCUGCUCUGGAGGGGUUGAACAAUCCCCCAUCGACAUCUCUGGCUAUGAGACGAGCGAUGGGCCCGCGAUCGCAUUUGAGUACGGCGGCCGCGCGGUUUCCGCUAGAAACACGGGCCACACCGUAUACCUCGACUUCGAGCAAGGAAACGCGAUAUCGAUCGAAGACCGGCAGUACCAACUGCUCGGAGUACAUUCCCAUUCUCCUGGGGAACACCGGGUGGACGGAGAAUCCUUCGCCGCCGAACUGCAUCUGGUACAUGAGGAUGCCGAAGGCAACCUGGCGGUGAUCGGCCUGCUGUUCCGGCUAGGUGAGCCCAGCCCUCUGGUCCAAGCCCUGCUCGACACGGCUCCGGAAACAGGAGCCACCGCACAACUGGGGUCUGGGGUGGACGCCGCCGAUUUCGUCCCAGACCAACUCGACUACUACGGCUACGGCGGAUCCCUGACCACGCCGCCCUGCACCGAGGGCGUCCGUUGGAUCGUGAUCCAAUCCAUCGGCGCCGUGUCGCCCGAACAGCAAGUCUUCGACCGUACCAAGCCGCAUGUCAACGUGGGCACCAUCGGUCACGUUGACCAUGGAAAGACCACCCUGACCGCCGCCAUCACAAGAGUGCUGUCGGAAGAGGGCGGCGCCAACUUCCGCGGGAUGGACGAGAUCGACAACGCCCCCGAAGAAAAAGCCCGUGGCGUUACAAUCGCUAUCGCCCACGUGGAGUAUGAGACCGGCUAUCGGCAUUAUGCCCACGUCGACUGCCCCGGCCACGCCGACUACAUCAAGAACAUGAUCACCGGCGCCGCGCAGAUGGACGGCGCGGUCCUGGUAGUGUCGGCCCCAGACGGCCCGAUGCCCCAGACCCGCGAGCAUAUCCUGCUGGCGCGCCAGGUUGAAGUGCCCUUCAUCAUUGUCGCCCUCAACAAGGUCGACAUGAUGGACGACGAAGAGCUCCUGGAGCUGGUUGAGCUCGAAGUUCGCGAGCUGCUCAGCACCUACGACUUCCCCGGCGACGACACGCCCGUCGUCCGCGUCAGCGGACUCAAGGCUCUCGAGGGCGACGCCGAGGCCAUGUCGGGAGUACGCCAGCUCGUCCAGACCAUGGACGACUACAUCCCGCAACCGGCCCGCGUGACCGACCGGCCCUUCCUGAUGCCCAUCGAGGACGUCUUCGGCAUCAAGGGUCGCGGCACCGUGGUCACCGGCCGUGUCGAGCGUGGUCAGUUGAACGUCGGCCAGGAGGUGGAGAUCAUCCGCUCCGGCGACGUCCGCAAGACCGUGGCCACCGGCCUGGAAAUGUUCCACAAGCUGCUGGAUACCACCGAAGCCGGCGAUGCCGUGGGCGUGCUGCUGCGCGGCGUGGACCGCGACGAAGUCGAACGCGGCCAGGUCCUGGUUGCCCCCGGCUCCAUGCGCCCGUACAAGAAGGCCGAGGCCGAGGUGUACGUGCUGAGCCAGUCGGAAGGCGGUCGGCAUACUCCCUUCUUCACCGGUUACAAGCCCCAGUUCUACAUCCGCACCAGCGACAUCACCGGCGAAAUUGCCCUGCCCGACGGGGUGGAAAUGGUUAUGCCCGGUGACAACAUCACCAUGACCGUGAACCUCAUCACCCCGAUCGCCGUCGAAGAAGGCCUCCGCUUCGCGAUCCGCGAAGGUGGUCGCACCGUCGGCGCCGGCGUGUUCACCCGAUUGCUGGAGUGA